ACGGUUUGUGCGUGUUGGCGCAACGCCUCGUCGCCGCGCCGCCGUCGCUUCCUGUGUGUGCCCUGGUGUCCGCUGGUCGUGGUUCCCUCGACUUGGCCUGUUGUGGGCGAGCAUUUCGGGGCCUGCGGGGCUGGGCGCCGUCCGUCCCGGCCGGCAGCCAGCGCGAGCGAGUUGUUCGGGUGAGGGUUCGCGCAGGCCGGGCGGAGGCUGGAAGUGGGACCCCCGAGCUCGAGCUGCGGAGCCCGCGGCCUGGGCCGGAGUGGCCGAGCGGCCGGCGGCGGUGCAGUGCCCGACCGUCUGCAGCGCGCGGCAUAGCGAGUUUCCGGGAGAGCCGUGGGCCUGAAGGGAGUUUGUGCCGUAGGCCCAGAGCCGGCUCCUCGGUCCCAGUGGCUUCGGGAGGCGCAGCGGAGGGACCCGAGAGAGGAGCGCGCCGGAGGAGCAGCCCCCGGACCGGAGCCUCGGGAGCCCGGGGCCUGUCAGCUAGUCUCGACGGGGUCCGCCUCCACUGUCACAGUCCUGCACGUUGUUCCAAGAGCAGCGGAAAAUGAAUCAGCCCCUGGAGUUAAGACAAAUGGGCAAUUGAGUCCCUGGUCCAGACGGCCCACCGUCGCAGCCCAGCAGCUCUUCACGGCCAGAUGACUUGAAGACAUUUAAGUCGCUCACUAACUGGACGGCGCGGAGACUUCUGGGAAAUAGAGUCCUGGCACUUGUCCCGCUCCCCGGUCGGGCUUUGGCAGGCGGACUUCCGGCGUCCUCCUGCGCAGGCCCAGAGCCGGCUCCUCGGUCCCAGUGGCUUCGGGAGGCGCAGCGGAGGGACCCGAGAGAGGAGCGCGCCGGAGGAGCAGCCCCCGGACCGGAGCCUCGGGAGCCCGGGGCCUGUCAGCUAGUCUCGACGGGGUCCGCCUCCACUGUCACAGUCCUGCACGUUGUUCCAAGAGCAGCGGAAAAUGAAUCAGCCCCUGGAGUUAAGACAAAUGGGCAAUUGAGUCCCUGGUCCAGACGGCCCACCGUCGCAGCCCAGCAGCUCUUCACGGCCAGAUGACUUGAAGACAUUUAAGUCGCUCACUAACUGGACGGCGCGGAGACUUCUGGGAAAUAGAGUCCUGGCACUUGUCCCGCUCCCCGGUCGGGCUUUGGCAGGCGGACUUCCGGCGUCCUCCUGCGCAGGCCCAGAGCCGGCUCCUCGGUCCCAGUGGCUUCGGGAGGCGCAGCGGAGGGACCCGAGAGAGGAGCGCGCCGGAGGAGCAGCCCCCGGACCGGAGCCUCGGGAGCCCGGGGCCUGUCAGCUAGUCUCGACGGGGUCCGCCUCCACUGUCACAGUCCUGCACGUUGUUCCAAGAGCAGCGGAAAAUGAAUCAGCCCCUGGAGUUAAGACAAAUGGGCAAUUGAGUCCCUGGUCCAGACGGCCCACCGUCGCAGCCCAGCAGCUCUUCACGGCCAGAUGACUUGAAGACAUUUAAGUCGCUCACUAACUGGACGGCGCGGAGACUUCUGGGAAAUAGAGUCCUGGCACUUGUCCCGCUCCCCGGUCGGGCUUUGGCAGGCGGACUUCCGGCGUCCUCCUGCGCAGGCCCAGAGCCGGCUCCUCGGUCCCAGUGGCUUCGGGAGGCGCAGCGGAGGGACCCGAGAGAGGAGCGCGCCGGAGGAGCAGCCCCCGGACCGGAGCCUCGGGAGCCCGGGGCCUGUCAGCUAGUCUCGACGGGGUCCGCCUCCACUGUCACAGUCCUGCACGUUGUUCCAAGAGCAGCGGAAAAUGAAUCAGCCCCUGGAGUUAAGACAAAUGGGCAAUUGAGUCCCUGGUCCAGACGGCCCACCGUCGCAGCACAGCAGCUCCUCACGGCCAGAUGAGAUGAAGACAUUUACGUCGCUCACUAACUGGACGGCGCGGAGACUUCUGGGAAAUAGAGUCUUGGUCCGCCUCCACUGUCACAGUCCUGCACGUUGUUCCAAGAGCAGCGGAAAAUGAAUCAGCCCCUGGGGCCAGUGUCAUUCAAGGACGUGGCUGUGGACUUCACCCAGGAUGAGUGGCAGCAGUUGGACCCUGAGCAGAAGACAACCUACAGGGAUGUGAUGCUGGAGAACUACAGCCACCUCGUUUCUGUGGGGUGUCACAUUAUCAAACCGGAAGUUAUCACCAAGUUGGAGAAAGGAGAAGAGCCAUGGAUAGUGGGAGGAGAAUUCCUACUUCAGAGUUACCCAGAAGAAGACUGGGAAGCCCAUGAUCUGAUAGAGGGAGCCCAGGAAAAUGAAGACAAACAUUCAAGGCAAACCGAAUCUGUCAACAACAAAACCCUGAUUGAAGAGAGAGGUAAUGUUUUUGGUAAGACUUUUAAUGUGGAAACAAACCCUGUUCCUUCAAGAAAAAUAUCCUGUAAAUGUGACUCAUGUGGAAAAAGUUUAAAAUCUACUUCAGAAUAUAUUAGUAGUGAUGGAAGCUAUGCAAGAAUGAAGCCGGAUGAAUGUAGUGCAUGUGGGAAAUCUCUUCUCCAUGUUAAGCUUGAAAAAACCCAUCUAGGAGAUAAACCUUAUGAAUUUAAUCAAAAUAGGGAGGCUUAUGCUCUAAAUGAAGGAAGUAUUUAUCAGAACAUUCAUAUUUUAGAGAAACCCUUUGAAUAUAUGGAAUAUCAGAAAGCCUUUCAAAAGGGUACAGUGUUUGUUAAUCAUAUGGAGGAGAAGCCCUACAAGUGGAACGAAUCUGAAAUAGCCUUUCUCCAAAUGUCAAACCUCAGUGUGCACCAGAGAGCUCAUAUGGAAGUGAAGCCCUAUGAAUGCAAUGCAUGUGGGAAGUCCUUCUGUAAAAAGUCAAAAUUUAUUAUACACCAGAGGACUCAUACAGGAGAGAAACCUUAUGAAUGUAACCAAUGUGGGAAAUCCUUCUGCCAGAAGGGAACCCUCACUGUACAUCAGCGAACACACACAGGGGAGAAGCCCUAUGAAUGUACUGAAUGUGGGAAAACUUUCUACCAGAAGUUACACCUCAUUCAACAUCAGAGAACUCACUCAGGAGAGAAGCCCUAUGAAUGUAGUUAUUGUGGAAAAUCAUUUUGCCAGAAGACACAUCUCACACAACACCAGAGAACACAUUCAGGAGAGAGACCCUAUGUUUGUCAUGACUGUGGAAAAACCUUCUCCCAGAAGUCAGCACUUAAUGACCAUCAGAAAAUUCACACAGGCGUGAAACUCUAUAAGUGCAACGAGUGUGGGAAAUGUUUCUGCCGCAAGUCUACUCUGACUACACACCAGAGGACACACACAGGAGAGAAACCCUACGAGUGCAAUGAAUGUGGGAAAUUCUUCUCUCGGUUGUCAUAUCUCACUGUACAUUACAGAACUCAUUCAGGAGAGAAGCCCUAUGAAUGUAACGAAUGCGGGAAAACCUUCUACCUGAACUCAGCCCUCAUGAGACAUCAGAGAGUCCACACAGGAGAGAAGCCCUAUGAAUGUAAUGAAUGUGGAAAGUUAUUCUCCCAGUUGUCAUACCUCACUAUACAUCAUAGAACUCACUCAGGCGUGAAACCCUAUGAAUGUAACGAAUGUGGGAAGACCUUCUACCAGAAUUCAGCCCUUUGUAGACAUCGGAGAAUACAUAAAGGAGAGAAGCCUUAUGAAUGUUACAUAUGUGGGAAGUUCUUCUCUCAGAUGUCAUACCUCACUAUACAUCACAGAAUUCAUUCAGGAGAGAAGCCCUAUGAAUGUACUGAAUGUGGGAAAACCUUCUGCCAAAAUUCAGCUCUUAAUAGACAUCAGAGAACACACACAGGAGAGAAAGCCUAUGAGUGUUAUGAAUGUGGGAAGUUCUUCUCUCAGAUGUCAUAUCUCACUAUCCAUCAUCGAAUUCAUUCAGGAGAGAAACCUUUUGAAUGUAACGAAUGUGGGAAAGCCUUCUCUCGGAUGUCAUACCUUACAGUACAUUAUAGAACUCAUUCAGGAGAGAAGCCCUACGAAUGUAACGAAUGUGGGAAAAAAUUCUACCACAAAUCAGCCUUCAAUAGCCAUCAAAGAAUUCACAGGAGAGGGAAUAUGAACGUACUUGACGUGGGAAGGCUUCUUUGAAGUCACACCUCCUUUAAUGUCACAGAACCCUCAAUAUUUCUACCAUCCUAAGAUAGUUCACACAGGUGAGUGUGGACAAGCCUUCGAGCAUUAUAGUCAGACUUGGAAUCUGGAAGUUCACAGGAUGGAAACCACAACUGUAACUAGGCCCCAUGAUGGGUUGACAAGAGUAAAAAUUUAUUGAUACUUAAAUUGUACAUAGUUUCACCAUGGAUUCAAACUAUUUCACAUAUCAGGGAAUUCAGACCAAGGGAAAAUCUCUCAAGGAAUGUGGAGAACAUAUUCUGUUGGAAAUUAUGAAUACUGAAAGUUAUGUUUCUGAUAAAAUAUAAAGCUUUUUGUAAAAAAGGAGCCGCAGAAGAUGGCCGUUGUGAAUAAAUAUGCUCCUUAUGUAAAUAGAAGCUGUAAAGUUGUCAGGUAGCUAAUCAAGACAGCAACAUGGCAACAUUAAGCUCAUAUAUGAGUGGGUCCUGAGGAUGUAGGACUAAUGCUUUUGAGGGUGUUUUGGUCUGUUUGUUUGCUUUUUAAGAUGCUGCAUUACAGGAAUUGUUCAGUUUGAGUCAUGUUUGAAAAGGCAUCCUAUCCUUAUUAGAAUAAUUUCUAAGGCAUAUGGUAAAGACCCAUUUUAAGUAGCACCACUAUGUUAGUAUCUUAAUAUGCAUUGUUACUGAACUAAUAUUUGAAGGAUAAGAAGUAUGCUUCUUUUUGUAAUCUUCCCUGGCAUUUAUAAAUGCAUUUUAUCAUUGGUAAUGAACUAAGUCUUCCAUAAGGGAGCCAGUGUUUUUAAUAAUGUUUUCAACUGUAUCUGAAUUAGCAAGAGAUAGAAAUCUAUGCAAAAAAUAGCAAAUGGCAUAGAUAAAUUUACAAUUGUUAAUGCUAGAAGUCUGUAGUGAGGAACAUAGGACUCAUUGCACUCAGUACAGUUUUUUAGAUGAACCUAAAAUAGUUUCAUUUUAAUCUAAUUUUUUCCACCUACGGUUUUUUAUUUAGAUGCCUACCUAAGUGUAAGUGUGCAGAGCACACAUAAUGUGUAACCUAGGAAUUUAUUUUAUUUGAUAGGAUGGUAUUUUUAAACACUGUGCUUUGCUCCUUCCUGAAUGGAUUAAGAGUGGGUUCAUAUGGCUUUGUAGCUGGCAUUGUUGGGUGACCACCCUAGUCACUCGCUCCUUAUUGUUGGCUGGCCAAGUUUGGGUAUCCAUUUCUCCUGACAGAACAGAAAAAUCCUGAUUAGUUUCAGCCAAUAAUGAUAAUCCCUUUCUCAUGGCCAGCAACUGG